AUUACCUAGGUACGGGACGGUGGCGAGAAAAUCAACGCAAUAACUGUGCACGACUGAGUCGUUCUUGACAGUCAAAUAUUCGCCGUUCAUUGUCAACGUUAAAUAGCGUAUUAUAAUAAUUAAUUUAAUUUUUUAAUGAAAAGCGUAAACAAUAGAAAGUGUCAAGUAAAGUCAUACAAAAUCAUACAAAGUGAAAACAAAAAUGUGAAGACGAGAGAGAAUCUGUUAUAUUAUAUAUGUAUAUAUAUAUAUAUAUAUAUAUAUAUAUAUAUAUAUACAUAUAUAAAAAGAUGUUGUAAUUAUUUAUACGAGAGACUUGUGUUAACUGUAUAAAGUGAUUUAUAUAUGGAAGAUCAAAUUACCAGAUGAGAAGAAUCUGAAGAGCCUCGCCUAUCAAUCGCCAAAAACAGAAAUCUAUAUCUGUUUGUUGUCUAAACAUCUUCCGCAUCUGCAUUUCUGUGCAACGAAAAUGCGUGGUAUUACAGAAAGAACGCCUUUAAGAAGACAUUUGGAUUCACCCGACUACGUCGAAUUCGCCAGUCUCUUAAGGACUCGAAGAACGCGAAUACGACAAUUCCAAUGUUGUGUUUGUGGUAUCCUAAUAGUGGUUUUCACCAUGGCUCUGGUAGUAUCCAUCAGCUAUUCCAUCAGUCAUACUAAUUCCACCUAUCCCAUGAUCGACAACGUAACAUCCUCCGGAAAUUUAGGUAGUAUUCUGAGAGGAUCGUUAGCAUCCACAUUUGGAUCCGCCACGCACGCAUCCUUCAGCAGUACUAUCAGUGCCAUAGCCGAACCCAACUACAUUCCGAUACAAAAAGCGAACAUCGAUACUUCAACGAAGAAUCUCAGUCGACAUGAAUAUAUGGAAGGACUACGAGCCGGCGAGCAAGCGAUGAAGAAACGUUUGUUCGCGGAUAGGAUUGCCGCAAAGUCACCGUUGCCAUCUCCGUCCCCAGAAUCUAGGCAUCGCUAUGCAGUGAGCACGCAUUCUAACGUUAGUGCUUUUGCUUUAGCAGCGAUAGGUGAAAUCGCAGCGACAAGAACAAUUGAGAAUAUGAGAUCCAUCCAAGAUGAAUCUUCGGCGAUCGGUACUUUCUUUGACAGCGAUUGGGUGCCGAAAAGCAUAUGCAAACAAUAUUUCGAUCACUCCUGCAAAAUCGGCAAAUACAGAACUGUUGACGGUAGCUGCAAUCGACCGAGGGGAUGGGGUUCCAGUAUGACACCUUUCAGAAGAGUUUUGACACCAGAUUACGCUGACGGGAUCAACUCUCCUCGGAAAGCGCGGUCAGGAAAAGAGUUGCCUUCUGCCAGAGAAGUCAGUCUGAAAAUACACAAACCUUCAGCCAGCAGCAAUCCGUCCUUCACGGUGAUGCUGGCUGUAUUCGGUCAGUUUCUAGAUCACGACAUUACAGCCACCGCGCUCAGUCAGGGUAUUAACGGGAGUUCGAUAGCGUGCUGUUCAGUCUCAAAAGAACAACAUCCCGAAUGUUUCCCCAUUCGAAUCGGAACUGGCGACCCUUUGCACGACCUGCAUAAUAGAACUUGCAUGGACUUCGUAAGAUCGGCACCAGCUCCGCGAUGCGAACUUGGUCCCAGAGAACAGCUUAAUCAAGUCAGCGCGUUCAUCGACGGUUCAGCCAUUUAUGGUUCGAACAAUGAAAUCACUCGUAAUCUACGCGAGUUCAGCGGCGGUCGUUUGAAGAUGCAGCUCACCCCCGAUAAUAGAACCUUAUUACCGGCAAGUACGAAUCCUAAUGACGGCUGUAACCGAGAAGCUGAGCGACGUCAUGGCCGUUAUUGCUUCGCCGCGGGUGACGCUAGAGCAAAUGAGAAUCUGCACUUAACUACAAUGCAUCUUCUCUGGGCGCGGCAGCACAACAGAAUCGCGGAUGAAUUGUCCAAAGUCAAUCCCGCUUGGAGUGACGAAGUGCUCUUUCAGGAAACGCGACGCAUCGUUGGCGCUCAACUGCAACACAUCACUUAUCGCGAGUUUUUACCCAUCAUCGUAGGCAAUGAAAUGAUGAAAAAAUACGAUUUGAAACCUCUUGGUUCAGGCUAUAAGAAACAGACGUACGAUCCAAAUGACCUGGAGAACGAUCCGACGAUAGCUAAUCACUUUGCGAGCGCGGCUUUUCGUUUUGCACACACUUUAUUACCAGGAUUGAUGAGAAUGACAGACGCAGAGAAAGGUACAUCAUCGUAUGUGGAACUACACAGGAUGCUUUUCAAUCCGUACAGCCUCUACGCCGAAAACGGCAUUAAACGUUCAGUUAACUCGGCCACGACCAACGUCAUUCAAAAAUACUCUACGCAUGUCACUUCGCAGCUGACCAGUAAUCUCUUUGAGGAUCCUGUAGCCAAUUUCACAAUACCUUGCGGCCUUGAUCUGGUGUCUUUGAACAUUCAACGUGGCCGGGAUCACGGAUUACCGGGAUACACUGUGUGGCGGGAAUAUUGCGGAUUAGGAAAAGUGGAAACCUUUGAUGACCUCGAAGGGUAUUUGAAUCAUCAGGAUCUGGAACAAAUAUCGAUGCUUUACGAAUCGGUUGACGAUAUAGAUGUGUAUACCGGCGCGUUGUCGGAAAUUCCGGAGUCGGACAGCUUGGUUGGACCUACAUUUACAUGUUUGAUCAUUGACCAAUUCGCACGUCUGCAGAAGGGAGAUCGUUUCUGGUAUGAGUACGCCGAGCAACCAUAUCCCUUUACAGAAGAACAACUCGUGGAGUUACGCAAGAGUUCAUUGGCCAAAAUAAUAUGCGAUUGUUCUGACGGAAUUACACAUGCUCAGAUGGAAUUAAUGCAUUCUGUUGGACCUGAUAAUCCUAUGGUAUCCUGCAAAGAUAUACCAGAACCUUCCUUUACAUUAUGGAAGGAAAACAUCUCACUUCCAAUUUAACAUCAUCGAUAGAAAAAAAUCGAUAAAUAAAAUGAUAAAAAAUCUGGACAAAUCAAAAUUUUAUAAAUAUAAUAAAAUGCAAAUUUUAUAAAUAUAAUAAAUUCUGAGAAUUAUUCACUCUAACGAGUACAACUUAAAUGAUUUUCACUUUGAUUUUAACGUUAACCCUCAAAAAAGAAUUAAUUAGGACGAAUUAGGCAAUGCGAUAAAUGAACAUAUUGUAUAAAAAUCAUAAGAAAAUUUAGACUUAUACUCCAAUUUAUCUAAAAAGCAAUCUUCGCAAAUAAAUUUUGCAUAAGAAUUAUAUUUAUAUAUAAACAUUCUAUACAUUUCUAAGUUUGGAAACUUUUAUUAUUUUUUCAUCUAUCUAAUCCUAUAAGUCUCGCUAUACAAAUCAAGAACUAAAUAAGAAAUAUCGAAUAAAAUAAAUAUAAAACGAAAGGAUUAGUUAAAGCAUGUUUAACAUUUUUUUUAUUUUUCACUUUUAAGUGAAUAUAUACUUCUGCAUAAAUUAAAAUAUCUCUUCAAACAUUUUUAGUAUCAUGUUAACGCUGAAAAAAGAUUGUUGUAACUAUUUUAUAACAUAGAUUUUUAAAAUAUAUUAAUAUUUGAUACACCAACACCAAUUUCGUUAAAUUUUCGUCAUUCAAAGAUUUUAAGAAUUCAAACAUUAGAGCCUGUAUCUGUAAA